UCUAGCUAGCUCAUAUCUUCUUCUUUUUGUCCAAAGAGAAAAAUUAUAGACUAUAAUGGAGUCAAAACCAAACAGAAGAAUAGUAGCGAAAAGAGUAUGGAGCAUGGUGAAAAUAGUUUUUUUCAUGAUAAGGAAAGGAAUUUCCAAAAACAACAAAUUCUUCAUGGUUCAUCUUCAAAACAUCAUGUCUAAACGUGGAAAAAUCGCAACUAAAGUUAUCGAAAACAUGAUGUUCCUUCAUCAAAACAGCAACAAAGCUUCACAAGUUUCCUCCUACAAAGUCCCUAGACAUUACGAAUUCAGUUGUGGUAACAGCCCAGCUGUCUACAUGAGCAACAACAACAGUAAACAAAAGAACCGUGGGGGUAAAGUUUCUCUUUCCGAAGAAGAUAUGACCACGAUCAAUGCUGUGCAACAACUACUAGAAAUGUUAAAUAACGAAGUAAUGACGGAAAAUGGCGGCUCAACGAUACUUUCGCCUCAUUUACCUGGAUUCGGAUUUGGACGUACUCCAACGGUGAGACAGUUGCGAGUUACGGAUUCUCCAUUUCCCUUAAAAGAUCAUGUUGCUGAUGAAGAGGAGUGUCAAGUGGAUGAAGAUGCGGAAGAAUUUAUUGAAAACUUUUAUGCUCAAUUAAGGUUGCAGAAAAGUAAAUGUGCCCGAUAAAAUUCAUCAAGGUGAUAUCGGGACUGACCAGCGCAGGGGCAAGAUCCCAGCCGGCACAUAUGAAUAUCGUUUUUUUUUUGCCGCUGUUUAAAUUUUUAUGUUGUAUAUAUAAAUAUCAUUUUUCUUAGGUGUUACCUAUGUUGUGAAUAUCUAUAAAAAGCUUAUAUCAUAUCAACUACUAAAUA